AUGGAAGUAAGAGAUGGUAAACGGGAGCAACUCCAGUAUGGUAUGGUAGCACCAAUAUUCUGGAAAGAAAAAGGUGUGCUCGGGAAUUACGAUAUUGCCGAACAUAAAGCAACAUUUGCCAUUGGAGAUCAUUAUUUUGAGGUAACUGAUUCUUAUACCCUUGGUAAUAUGCUUGUGCUGACACGGAACAUGAGCGGUGGUCCACCUGGUUGUUCAUGCGAGAAAUGCUCUGAAAAUGAGGAGCAUGCAUCACAAAGGCCGUUGAGGGUUAAUGAUUGGGGUGAUUUCUGCUGCGGAAAUUCAUGGCCUGUUGACAAGCCGAUAAUGAAAGCGUUGAAUCGUCCAAUGAAUACUCCAAAUGGACCUCAAGAUCAUUAUGUAGCACUUUGGUAUCGACAUGGAAGACCGCAAAUGGGUCGAGCAUGGAACGAUAACGGAAAAAUCAACGCAUCAUUUGUCGAUUCCGGCCGCGAAUUCACCGGAAGGAUUAUCGGUUCCAUGCAAAUGCUCGUCGAAAUACCAGCAACUGCAGCUGGAUUUGAAUAUAUUUGGCUACCGUAUGAGCAGGCGGUACGUUACGAAGAUAAAGAUUUUGCACCAGUACACAUGAAUUAUGUUGCUCCAUGCGUUGUCAAAACCGAUAAUUUUGAGUUACUU